AUGACAAAUGAGAAAUUGUCCGCUAUUGAAGUGCCAAACAUAGAAAUUUGUGGCUAUGGAAGUGAUGUUGAAAUUAUUCGAUGCGUUUUCACGAUGAAAGAUCGGACGAGUGAGAUCCAACCUGGUUGUGCCUCAUUUUUAUAUCGAAAACCUCUAGUGGGCAAAA